CGAAGCUCUCUGCGCGCGCGAGAAAAAUACACAUGAAGAAGAGAAAAACUUUGGAGCAGAUACAAACCCCACAGUCGGGAGGUUAGCGUUCGAAAAGUUAGUCGCUAUGUCGCGGCUCGUGUGUGAUUAGUUUAGUGAUAUUUUUACGGUGUUUCCCUUUGCCCCUCGUUCAUAUUUCUAUCUAGUUGUUCAUUGCCAUCGAAAGCUGGUGACUGCCUUUGUAAUUACUAGUUUGAUAACCAAAGAUCUGAUUCCUGGAGCGGAAAAUCUGUUGAAUAUAAACACCCCCACCACCAACAGCAACAACCCCAUCAUGACGUCAUCGCCGGCUUCUAACUUGGACAAAUUUGUGUUACUACUAUGGAAAAAUUUCAUCAUCCACAAGCGGCACCGCUGGAGGACGCUCUUCGAGAUGGCCCUUCCGGUGGCCAUCUGUGCCACCCUGUUGUGGGUUCCCUCGGAUCCGCAAGUUCUCCAGGAGCGUCGCUAUCCGGCGCUUCCGGUGGAUCGGUUCAGCGGAGGCGGCUUACAACCUUCGUUGGCUCGGAUAGCGUACUCGCCCCAGAAUGAUCUCCUCGAAGGGAUCGUGGCUUCCGCAGCCUUCAGUCUCGGGAUCAAUGACUAUCAGUCCUUCAACAGUUCCUUGGAAAUGAAGAGCAAACUCCUCAAUAGCAGUAGUUUCCUGUGCGGAAUCGAUUUCGGAAAUGGAAUGAGGAAUAUAACCGACCUUCCCAAGCGAGUUACGUUCGAUCUGCGGUUCCCGUAUAUUCUUAGAUCUUCGCCAUCGAGCUGGAAACCCUUGUCGUGGGACACGGAUAAGCUGAUCGGUGCCUUCGAUCCCACGGGCCACAAUCGACUCGAAGAUGACGGUGGUGAACCCAGCUACUACCGGGAGCAGUUCCUGGCAGUUCAAACGGCUCUUUCCAAGGCAAUUAUCGCCAGACAGGUUCCGAGCGUCAAUCCUCCGAAGGCUUUUGUUCAGCGAUUUGCAAAUCCGGAUGCCGAAACCAAUCUGCUUCAUGAGGCGUUAAACCAGAUUCUUCCGCUGUUGUUCCGGUUGGUGUUCAUGUUCUUCUUCCUCAGUACGGUUAAAUAUAUCACCGUGGAAAAAGAAAACCAGCUGAAGGAAUCGAUGAAGAUCAUGGGACUACCGGGAAUCAUCAACUGGGCCGCAUGGUUUGUGGAGCUUGUGCUGCUCAUGGUGAUCCCAAUCACGCUCAUCACCAUUAUCCUCAAGCUUUCGGCCUUCGUUCAUUCCAAUGUGAUUCUGAUUUGGAUAUUUUUGUUGUGCUACUGUAUGUCAACCAUCAGUUUGGCCUUCUUCACCAGUGUUUUUUUCGAUAAAGCUAUUAAGGCAGCUUCGUUUGCCACACUAGUUUGGGUUGCUUCGUACUUUUCUUUGGAAGACUACCCAUUUUGGGUAAAGACCCUGUACUCACUUCUGAGUAAUCCAGCGAUGCACUACGGCAUGAACAACAUCAUUCGCCUUGAAGCCAUGCAUGUCGGUGUGGAUUUCAGUACAAUGUUUUCUAGGACCGACCUCAACGACCCGUACAACUACGCGGUAGCGAUCGGGAUGUUCUGCGCCAGCAUUUUUCUGUACAUUUGCCUUACCCUAUACCUGGAACAAGUAAUGCCUGGACAGUACGGCAUAGCAAGACCGUGGUACUUUCCGUGCCUAGGCUUAGUGAGUUUUAAGAAAGCCACGCCCAUUGACUCGGUUUCUCCCUACGAUUCGGACCACCCAGCUAAUGCCAACUACUUCGAACCGGAACCAAUCGGUACCGAGGCGGGUGUUCAAAUAAAAAAUCUCCGGAAAGUGUUCCCAGGCCACAAAGUCGCUGUAGAUAAGCUAAACCUGAACCUUUACCAGGGUCAGAUCACAGUUCUCUUAGGUCACAAUGGGGCUGGUAAAACGACCACCAUGUCGAUGCUUACUGGUAUGUUCUCACCAAGUUCCGGAACGGCAACUAUCAAUGGGCAUGACAUUAGGACGGACAUGAAUAGGGUUAGGUCGUCGAUGGGCUUAUGUCCGCAACACAACGUUCUUUUUGACGAGCUCACCGUCUCCGAGCAUCUACAAUUUGCCGCUCGACUAAAAGGUGUGCCCCGUAACCAAGUUCACGAGACCGUUACCAAGUACAUCAAUCUCCUGGGGAUGAAUGACAAAGCUAAGGCUCAAUCUUCAACACUUUCCGGUGGAAUGAAACGAAAACUAACCGUUGGGAUGGCACUUUGCGGAGAACCGAAGGUAGUUCUUUUGGACGAACCGACCACCGGAGUGGAUCCCACUGCUCGUCGAGCUUUGUGGGACCUUUUGCUGGAAGAGAAACGGAACAAAACGAUUCUGCUUUCCACCCAUUUCAUGAACGAGGCGGAUGUACUAGGCGAUCGUAUAGCAAUUUUGGCAGAGGGAAAACUCACAGCUGCGGGUUCAACAUUCUUUUUGAAAAGUGCCUUUGGAGUCGGCUACAGGUUGAUUUGCGUCAAAGGCCAAGGCUAUCAGGAAGAGCGACUCUUGAGUUUGCUCCGUAAAUUCAUACCGGAUGUGAACAUUGAAGUCGAAAACGCUUCGGAGCUUACCAUCAUUCUGAAGAAAGAGUACACACAGCUUUUCCAAUCAAUGCUGAAGGAGCUGGAGACGCACAUGGAAUACUGCGGAGUCACAAGCUACGGCAUUUCGUUGACCACACUGGAAGAAGUGUUCCUCAAGGCCGGCAGCGAUUCGUUCGCCCGGGUGAAGCAUUUUUCUGAUGACCCCAACAGAGAACCUCGUCCAGAACAACAGGUUCCACACAUGAAUGUCCAGCUUGUCGAAGCAGACCUGCUUCAGCGAAGUGGCGCCUGGGUGCAGUUGAAAUCGCAAAUCCUAAAAAAAUUCAUCAUCGCUCGCCGAUCCUGGCGUCAGUUCUGCUGGCAAACCAUAAUCAUUCCGAUAGGACUGAUGACCUUUUUCCUUUGGCAGAACCAUUCCGGGCCAAAGACUUCAGCCUUGGACAUGAGCCUGGAGCCGUAUCGGUGGUCGCUGAACUUGAUUCGGGAGUCUGGAGCCAGUGACCUAAUGAAUCAAACUUAUCAGAAACUGUUCGAGGGAUCUCACAAGAUUCGGUCCAUCGACAUGAACAUGGAUGACUACGUUACCCAGAAGUUGAGUUCCUCUCCAGUGGACCUGCACGCCAAACUGUUGCUUGGCGCAUCGUUUACAGGAGACAGCUUCAAGGCCUUUUACAACCCUAGAGCUCUCCACUCGGCACCGCUUUCCUUGAACUUGGUGUUCAAUGCGAUGCUCAAAACGCACUGUCCUGAUUGCAGCAUUGGCGUGCGGAAUAACCCACUGCCCCCUCCCAAAACCUCCGAUGACGACAACCCCGUUGUGUCGAACGCGCUUCUGCGCUACAUAAACCUGGUGCUGGCCUUAAUUUUUAUCAUGGUUUACACAACGUCUGCGUACAUCACGUUUUACAUCAAAGAGCGUGUAACACGAGCCAAGCUGCUGCAAACGAUCACCGGUCUCAAGGUGGAGCUGUAUUGGUUGUCAAAUGUGUUCUGGGACGUGUUGAACUUUACCAUCACCUGUGUGGUCGUAAUCAUAAUGAUUGAAGUUUUCCAAGUGGAAGGAUGGAACACUGCUCAGAAUGUGUUUGUGCUACUCUUGUUCUUGAACACCUACCUUUUAUCAGUAUUGCCAAUGAUCUACCUGUUCUCGUUCAUGGUUUCCGAUCCGGCUUCCGGCUAUUCGAGAGUGUUCCUAUUCAACGGUAUCGGAGCAGUCGGUUUGGGUUUGCUACAAUUUUUCUUCAGCCACAUUGGCUACGAGAAAACAGCCGAAGUUAUGCAGCACGCGUUUCUUCUUAUUCCGACGAUUUCGCUGAUGUUGGGCCUGUUAAGGUUAAGUAUGUUCAUUGGCACGACAGUAUCAUGUGCCACUGCAUGCCAACAUUUGUCAACCACCUGUACUCCGGAGCUUAUGUGCAGUCUUCAAAAGGAUUGCUGUAAUGGUUUGGCAGACGUAUUCAGCUUUUCCGAUAGCGUUGGGUUGCUAACCCCUAUGCUCUACCUUUCGGCGACCGGUGUCUUCUGUUUCGUAAUGUUAUGGUGUAUUGAACACAAUCUUUUUAGGAAAAUGUGGAACAAAAUACGACCCAAUCAUGAUUACCGAUACGCAGCCCCACAGCCUAACAUUGAUUCGGAUGUUCAAGCGGAAAAGGAUCGAGUAUCGUUGAUGUCGACCUAUGAUAUUUCUGCCCAGACCGUGGUGCUACAAAACCUUACAAAGAACUACGGACCUGUAACGGCUGUCAAGUGGCUUUCACUUGCUACGGGUAGCUCGGAAUGCUUCGGAUUGCUCGGAAUCAACGGAGCUGGAAAAACGACAGCUUUCAAAAUGAUGACAGGUGAUGAACAAAUUUCUUCCGGAGAAGUCUGGGUUAAGGGUAUUCGGGUCAAGGAAAAUCUGGCCCAAGUCUAUCGGCACAUAGGCUACUGCCCUCAGUUUGAUGCUCUCCUCGACGAGCUGACUGGAUUGGAAACCCUCCGGAUAUUUGCCAUGCUUCGUGGUGUUCCCAGCAGUGAUGUGCUGCCAGUAGCGCUUAACUUAGCCCAAGAUCUGGGCCUCGUCAGUCAUCUGAAGAAACGUGUACGAGACUAUAGCGGUGGAAACAAACGGAAGCUCAGCACAGCCUUGGCACUGAUCGGCAACCCGGCAGUGAUCUUCCUGGACGAACCCACCAGUGGAAUGGAUCCCGGUGCUAAACGAUGCCUCUGGGAUGUGGUCAAUCGGAUACGGGACUCCGGCCGAACUGUUAUCCUCACCACCCACAGCAUGGAAGAGUGCGAAGCCCUCUGCACUCGACUAGCCAUCAUGGUCAACGGAGAGUUCCGCUGCCUCGGAUCGACGCAACAUUUGAAAAAUAAAUUUUCCGGGGGAUUCUUGCUGUUCAUCAAAAUGCUACACCAGGAUACGCCAAUGGAUGAAAAAAUUACCGCCGUUAAAAACUUCGUCGAAGGUCAUUUCGAGGGAGCUGUUUUGAAGGAGAAUCUGCAGCAGGCCCUCAGCUACCACAUACCUCGCACCGAUCUGACCUGGUCCACGGUGUUCGGCAUCAUGGAAUCCGCCAAAGAGCAACUUGGUAUAGAAGAGUAUUCGCUGGGGCAAACAACCCUGGAACAGGUGUUCCUGUACUUUACCAAGCUGGAUGGCGCUUGGUAAAAUUUUUGCUUAAACUUUUAUUCAUAACACUAUUUGAUGUAAGCUUUAAUCUCUUACCCGUUUAGACGCAAGUUUGCCAAGUUUGUGAUAACAAGAUCGAGCCUUACCUAGAAGAUAGAGAAGAAA